AAUUGGGAGGAAAGAUUCUCCUUGUGGAGGGUUUUGAGAAAGGGAGGAAUAUUUGACAUGACAUGGAAUCAUUUUUCUCCCUCAUUUUAUCCUUGGUAUGUUUUCCUUAAUAUUCCAUAUCAUGUUAAUUUCUUAUCCAGACGUCUGACUGCACAUAGCAUAAUUGUGCAGAGUAUCUACUACUCAUGUAUAGCUAUUUUAUGGCAAGUACAAUCUUUUAUGCUUCUGGUUUUACUUGCAUUGAGUAUUCACUUUCUUCACCGUCCACAAAUUGGAUAAUCGCUUAGUCAUUUAGGCCUCUACACCAUUCCACUUGUGCUUCAAUACUUACGUACAGACUUUUUGUUCUCAUCAACGUAGCUAUCUAUAAUACACAUGAUGGUUGUUCAUUUCUCUGAACAUGAUUGCAUUUUCAGAUUAGCAGCAUCUUCAAUAAUACUUCUAAACUAAUUUAUCAGGUAAUGACUUGGUGGUAGUCGGGGGAGGGCAUGCUGCUACUAUAGCUGUCCGUGCUGCCAAUAAAGGUUUGUUGAAGCCAAUUGCUAUUGCUGCUAUUGCGCCCACUUGGGCUGGUCCACUUCCUAUUGUUUUUGGUAAAGAUUCUAAUAUGGAGACAAGGUAUGGUCUUCUUAGAGGGACUUUACGGGCUCCUGCCGUUGGCUGGAUGAUGUACAAUGUACUUGUUAGCAACAAGAAAUCAAUCGAGUCACAGUACAAAUCACAUGUUUAUGCUGAUCCAGAGAAUGUCACUGCAAGUUUUAUCGAGAGCCGAUAUGCACUUACAAAGCAGAGAGGUGCUCGCUACGUGCCGGCAGCUUUUUUGACUGGUUUACUCGACCCUGUAAAAUCCAGGGAGGAAUUUGUUCACCUUUUUGCAGGGUUACAGGGAAGCAUACCUAUUCUUGUUAUUUCAACCCCUGGCUCUCCAAAGAGAUCAAAAGCAGAGAUGGAAGUUCUUAGGGAAGCUGAAGGAGUGAGCAAAUAUGUUACAGUACCAGGGGCUCUUCUCCCCCAAGAGGAGUAUCCUGAGAAAGUUGCUGAAGAGCUUUAUAGGUUUUUACAGGAGUAUUUGAGCUAAAGACCAGUUUAUAUGACGGUUAAUGGUUUAACCCCUGUAUGAGUUUCACCUGGUAUACAAGAACUUUGUGUUUAUAUGAAAAAGAGAAACAAUACAUCUAUUUAGUGAGCCAUUGUUACUUUCAUUAGGACUUGAACUGUCUUGUAAUGAAUCAUUUUUUAAGUUCCAUAUAAAUACGAGAUAUGUACUAAUAAUAUUAGUCAUUAGUAAAACAUCUUAGCGAGAUAGCGAGAUGUGUUUUGUUGUGCA